GUUGUGAUGUUGGUAUAGAAUUUUAAACGAAUAAAAAAUGUUAUCGUUAAGAUUUUAUAUAACUUUUCUCUUUGUUAUAUGCUAUGUACAUGCUGAAAUAAGAAAUAAAGGAUGGUGGAAAAACAUGGUAUUUUAUCAAAUAUAUCCUCGAAGUUUUAUGGAUUCUAAUUGUGAUGGAACUGGUGAUCUACAAGGAAUUACAAAUAAAUUAGAGCAUUUUGUGGACAUUGGAAUUGAUGCUGUAUGGAUGUCACCUAUAAAUAAAAGUCCUAUGAUUGAUUCCGGUUACGAUAUAACAGAUUUUCGUGACAUUGAUCCAUUGUUUGGCACAUUGCAUGAUUUUGAAAAAUUAAUUAAAAAAGCAAAACAAUUAGGAAUUAAGGUCAUUAUAGAUUUCGUACCUAAUCAUACAUCUGAUCAGCACGAAUGGUUUAUUAAAAGCGUUAAUGGCGAUAAGAAAUAUAAGGAUUAUUAUGUAUGGCGCAAAGGUCGUGCAAAUAAUACUGAACCUCCAAAUAAUUGGAUUAGUAACUUCAGUGGAUCAGCUUGGACGUACAAUAAAAAAAGAGAUUUAUGGUACUUGCAUCAAUUUGAUUAUAGGCAACCUGAUCUUAAUUUUACCAAUCCUAAUGUUCAUAGAGAAAUGGAAGAAAUUCUUAAAUUUUGGUUAAAUAAAGGUGUUGAUGGAUUUCGAAUAGACGCAGUAUCUUUUCUAUAUGAGGAUGAUAGAUUUUUAGAUGAACCAUUAACUGGUUUACACGGAUUUACAAAAAACGAUCGAGAAUAUUUAUAUACUAUUUAUACUAAAAAUGAUCCUAGAGACUUUGAAAUAGUUGCAAACUGGAGAAAAGUAAUAAAUAAUUGGGUAGAUGCUUGUAAUGAAGAAGAGAAGAUCGUAAUGACGGAAGUUUACUUAAAUUCUUAUAAAUUCUAUAAUUAUGGAUCACAUGUGCCUUUUAAUUUUGAACUAAUUAUGCAUGUUAGUAGUACAUCGAAACCAAGUGAAUUAAAACAUAUUAUUGAUAAAUGGAUUGCUGCUGUGCCCCCAGGCGGAGUUCCGAAUUGGGUGACGAGUAAUCAUGAUCGUAAAAGAAUUACUAUGAGGUAUGUGAAAAGGCCAAAUCUAAUGUUAGUGCUAGUUAUGAUUCUUCCCGGUGUGGCAUGCGUAUAUUAUGGGGAAGAAAUUGGCAUGGAGGAUAAUUACGAUAUUACUUGGGAUGAAACCGAAGAUCCUUUGGCAUGUGCUUCAAAUCCAGAAAUAUACCAAACGAUAUCACGUGAUCCUUGUAGGACACCAUUCCACUGGGAUGACACGAUGAAUGCUGGUUUUAGCAAAGCUAGAAAAACAUGGCUACCAGUUCAUAAGAAUUACAAAAUUUUAAAUUUAAAGAAUCAAAAAUUUGAACCUGAAUCUCAUUUCAAACUUUUUAAAACUCUUGUUGCACUGAAAAAGUCGUCGGAAACCUUGAAAAGUGGAUCAUUAAUAACCGAUACAUUAAAUAACGAUAAAGUUUUGGUUGUAUCACGCCAGUCGUCUAAUGAAAGUAUCGUUUUUAUCGUUAAUUUUUCUGACGAUGUUUCGCAAAAUGUUAAUCUUAAUAAAUACUUACCUGGAGCUGUGAGAGCUACUGUUAUCAUAUCAAGCGUCUGUUCAAAUAUUAGAUGGGGAUCAUCGAUAAGAGUUUCAUCAGUUCAAUUACCUCCAACAGCUUUAUUAGUUCUUAAGGGUACCAUAAAUAAUUAAAUUAGUU